GCAACAUCCUGGAAAGAGGGGGGAGCACCACCGCCCCCCAAAAGGGAAAAAAGGACCCACCCUGACACGUUUUGCUGUUUGCAAGUCCCUCGCACGCCCCCCCCCCGCACCUCCUCCUUGCGCUUGCGGCCCCCCCAAGCCCGCUGCGCGCACAUCAAAGCGCCUCUCCGCCGCGCACAGUGGCCGCGGCUCACUAAUGGGAUUGCAGGCUAGUGCCUGGCUCCGCUGCUGCCGCCGCCGCUGCUCGCGCUGCUGCUGCUGCCGCCGCUGCCCGAGCCCCAGCCCGAGCCCCCGCCAGCCCGAGCCCAGAGCCGCCGCGCCCGGGGGCCGAAGCCGCGGCGAUGAUCCGAAUCUUUCCGGAUUUCAGCGUGCAGGUGACGGCCGCGGCAGCCGGCGGGGCGGCCGCGGGGGUGCCGGCCGGCGCGGGCAUGGGGAGGGCCGGCGCCGCGGCCAACGGCACCCCGCAGAACGUCCAGGGCAUCACCUCCUACCAGCAGCGAAUAACUGCCCAGCAUCCUCUGCCCAACCAAUCAGAAUGUAGGAAAAUCUACAGAUAUGACGGAAUCUACUGUGAAUCUACCUACCAGAAUUUACAAGCAUUGAGAAAGGAGAAGUCCCGGGAUGCUGCUCGCUCCCGCCGGGGGAAAGAAAACUUUGAGUUCUAUGAAUUGGCCAAGUUGUUGCCUCUUCCUGCAGCCAUCACUAGCCAGCUUGACAAGGCCUCCAUCAUUCGACUUACAAUUAGCUAUCUGAAAAUGAGAGACUUUGCUAACCAGGGGGACCCUCCAUGGAACUUGCGAAUGGAAGGCCCUCCACCUAACACGUCAGUAAAAGGGAUACAAAUGUGGAAAUCUGAACUCUGCAUGAGAAAGACACCAUGUGAAGUUAUAGGUGCACAGCGAAGGAGAAGCCCCAGUGCACUGGCCAUUGAAGUAUUUGAAGCACAUUUGGGAAGUCACAUUUUGCAGUCCCUGGAUGGCUUUGUAUUUGCACUAAAUCAAGAAGGAAAAUUUUUGUACAUUUCUGAAACAGUCUCCAUCUACCUAGGCCUCUCGCAAGUGGAGCUGACAGGCAGCAGCGUCUUUGACUAUGUCCACCCCGGGGACCACGUGGAGAUGGCAGAGCAGCUGGGCAUGAAGCUCCCGCCCGGGCGGGGUCUCCUCUCGCAGGGCACCGCUGAAGAUGCAGCCAGCUCAGCAUCUUCCUCUUCCCAGUCAGAAACCCCAGAGCCAGUGGAAUCAACCAGCCCCAGUCUGCUAACCACUGACAACACUCUUGAGCGUUCGUUUUUCAUCCGAAUGAAAUCUACGCUGACCAAACGUGGCGUGCACAUCAAAUCAUCGGGAUAUAAGGUGAUUCACAUAACGGGCCGGCUACGACUAAGGGUGUCGCUGUCCCACGGGAGGACCGUCCCCAGCCAAAUCAUGGGGCUCGUGGUUGUGGCUCAUGCCUUGCCUCCCCCUACGAUCAAUGAAGUCAGAAUUGACUGCCAUAUGUUCGUCACUCGAGUAAAUAUGGACCUCAAUAUCAUUUACUGUGAAAAUAGGAUUAGUGAUUAUAUGGAUCUGACUCCUGUAGACAUUGUAGGGAAAAGAUGCUACCACUUCAUCCACGCUGAAGACGUCGAGGGCAUCAGGCACAGUCACCUGGACUUGCUGAAUAAGGGCCAAUGUGUGACAAAGUACUAUCGUUGGAUGCAGAAGAAUGGAGGAUACAUUUGGAUACAGUCUAGUGCCACAAUAGCUAUUAACGCCAAGAACGCAAAUGAGAAAAACAUCAUCUGGGUGAAUUAUCUUCUGAGCAACCCCGAAUACAAGGACACGCCAAUGGACAUCGCACAGCUUCCCCACCUGCCGGAGAAAACUUCGGAAUCCUCAGAGACCUCCGACUCUGAGUCAGACUCUAAAGACACCUCAGGUAUUACAGAGGACAACGAGAACUCCAAGUCCGACGAGAAGGGGAACCAGUCCGAGAACAGCGAAGACCCGGAGCCCGACCGCAAGAAGUCAGGCAACACGUGCGACAACGACAUGAACUGCAACGACGACGGCCACAGCUCCAGCAACCCGGACAGCCGCGACAGCGACGACAGCUUCGAGCACUCGGACUUUGAGAACCCCAAGGCGGCCGAGGACGGCGGCGGCUUCGGCGCGCUGGGCCCCAUGCAGAUCAAGGUCGAGCGCUACGUGGAGAGCGAGUCGGACCUGCGGCUGCAGAACUGCGAGUCGCUGUCGUCGGACAGCGCCAAGGACUCGGACAGCGCGGGCGAGGCGGGCGCGCAGGCCUCCAGCAAGCACCAGAAGCGCAAGAAGAGGCGGAAACGGCAGAAGGGCGGCAGCGCCAGCCGCCGGCGCCUGUCCAGCGCGUCGAGCCCCGGCGGCCUGGACGCGGGCCUGGUGGAGCCCCCGCGGCUGCUGUCCUCCCCCAACAGUGCCUCGGUGCUCAAGAUCAAGACGGAGAUCUCGGAACCCAUCAACUUCGACAACGACAGCAGCAUCUGGAACUACCCGCCCAACCGGGAGAUCUCGCGGAACGAGUCGCCCUACAGCAUGACCAAGCCCCCCAGCUCCGAGCACUUCCCGUCCCCGCCGGGCGGCGCAGGCGGCGGGGGGCUGCACGUGGCCAUCCCCGACUCGGUCCUCACUCCGCCCGGUGCCGACGGCACUGCCGCCGCCGCCGCCGCCCGCAAGACUCAGUUCGGCACCUCGGCCCCCGCGGCCUUGGCCCCCGUCGCCUCCGACCCGCUGUCGCCCCCGCUCUCGGCGUCCCCGCGGGACAAGCACCCUGGGGGCGGAAGCAGCGGCGGCGGGAGCGGCCCCGGAGCGUCCAACUCCUUGCUGUACACUGGGGACCUAGAGGCGCUGCAGAGGUUGCAGGCGGGCAACGUCGUGCUGCCGCUGGUGCACAGGGUGACCGGGACGCUGGCGGCCACCAGCACGGCCGCGCAGAGGGUCUACACCACGGGCACCAUCCGCUACGCGCCAGCCGAGGUGACCCUGGCCAUGCAGGGCAACCUGCUGCCCAACGCGCACGCUGUUAACUUCGUGGACGUUAACAGCCCGGGCUUCGGCCUUGACCCCAAGACGCCCAUGGAGAUGCUCUACCACCACGUGCACCGGCUCAACAUGUCGGGACCGUUUGGCGGCGCCGUGAGCGCGGCCAGCCUGACGCAGAUGCCCACCGGCAACGUGUUCACCACGGCCGAGGGACUCUUCUCCACGCUGCCCUUCCCCGUCUACAGCAACGGCAUCCACGCGGCACAGACUCUGGAGCGCAAGGAGGACUGAGCACCGCCCAGCGCGGCCCGGGGCUCUGCCCGGAGGCAUCGUCGGAGUUUUCGUUUAGACCUUUGAUUCUAGCACUUUGAAUUCGAGCAGGUCAGCAUCUUCUCUCCCAACGACGGUCCCCGUUCCAUCCCCUCUUUCUUUCACUGGACUCAUUCUUUCCUGUAAAGAUAUGUUUAUUUUUGGCCUUCAGAGGGUCAGACGACCAGUUGCCUGCCAUUUUGUCUUCUUCCGAGAUGUGUGUUGGGUUGUUUUGCUUUCCUUUGCAUCUUUAUUAAGAUGUCUUUAAUGUGUAUAUGCCUCUGCCAUUGAAUACUCAGUCUUGUGGUCAAGAGAUUUCUGAAAUGACAACCAUUGAGUUUUCUUCGUAAAGAUCUUGAUAUGAUCAAGAUUGAAAGAGACAAGCAUAAACAAUGUGCCCUGUUUGACUAAGUCAAAUGAAAUGGGGUGGUGUUUUUGUUUCUGUUCCUAAUUCCUUUGAAAAUAGGGGGAUAGUAUUUUAGAAUUUUAUGCAGAAUUUAAUUCUCUUUUUAUGGUUAAGAUUUUAAGAUUUUCUUACUUGCACAUAAAAAUAAUUUUGGGUUCUUAAACUUAAUUUCUGGCCUGUGACUAGAAUGUUUAAAAAAAAAGUUGGACUAAAUGUUAAUUACUGAAACAUUAACUUAAUUUCUAAAACCAUGGUGCUAUCAUUUAUUAAUCUGUAAUGUCUUCAUACAAAAUGCAGCUCCUGGGCUGGGUUUUGAAAAUAAUGUGUUCUGUCCUGGUCUGGAGUCCAUUGCUGCAGUCUCCUUGGUUAGUUAAGACAAAGCCCUCAUUAAUGUUUGCUGCAGGACUUAAAAUUUUUUACCUCCCAACUAACAUAGCCUCACAUUAAAUUUAAUGGGUCAGGAGAGCCCUUUUUAAAAGGGCUUUUGGAAAACUCAAUCAAACUGAUUUGAGGAGCAGUUUAGGUACAUACUGCCUUUCGUUGAGCUUUCUUUCUUUCCUUUUCUCAGUCUAACUGAGGCUAAUUUUUGCAACUUCAAUAACACUUUGGAGUAAAGAAGGAAAAAAUAUUUAACGUUUUUUGAUUUUUUCAUUUCUUGCUAAAAAAAAGAAAAGGAAGGUUGUAUUUUGAGGGACUGAUUUGGUGGAUUUUUUUUCCCCUUUGGUUCUUUUAUUUCUAGGUUGGAACCAGUAAGGUUUAAAACUAAAGAAUGGGUUAAAAUAAGCUUCAAACAGAUAACUGCAACUGCACAUUAAGUUUAAAAAAAAAAGAAAAAAAAAAGAAAAAGAAAAAGAAAAAAAUACCCUAUUUUGUCUUUGUUGCCAGAAAUCAGUGUAGUGUCAAACACUCCAAAUGACUGUCAAGUAUAAACUCUUCUUCCACUCCAUUUUUGUCAGCUGAUUGUUAAGGCAUCUAAUAACAGAUGUGAGAACUGUAAUGUGUGCACUGUGUACGUGUCCUUGGCUGUCAGUCCAUUGCAGUUUCAAUGUGUGUUUCUAUAUGCAGUAUAUACUAAGCUAAUGUAGUUGUUUUGUCCUUUGUCUUCUCUGUGCUCUAUCUCUAGUACAGUCCCAUUCCUGCAGUCCUAGUGAAUCAGUGAUUCUUGGGGGUUAGUGAGUUUUGUGUGGUGGCCUUCCUCUGUAACGUCACCCUAUGCUGCUUCUACUGUCUGUGAAUCUUCCAUUUCACUUUUGAAGAUUUCUGCUGUUGCUUUGCUGGUGUAUAUUCUCCCAACCUCUCCCCUUUCUCUCUCCCUCUCUCCCUCCCUGCUCCCUCCUUCCCUCCCUCCCUCCCUCCCUCUCUAUCUUUCUCUCUCUCUCUCAUCUCCCCUUUUCCUGCCUCAUCUCCCCCCCAACCCCAACUUCUCCAAAAUCUUUUUCAUUCUCAGAGAUAAAAAGACUCUUAACUAGCUCAAGGUUAAUGGAGCCAUUUUUCCCAUAAUGGAAUUCUGGGUAUGACUCUUUCUUCUGGAGUGCCACACAAAGCACUGAAGAAUAACGCUCAGAUAUAUGAAAUAAUUGAUGCCAUAUAGCCUCAGUUGUUAACAUUCCCAGAGUCCCUUGUGUUCUACCUAUAAGCAGUGGGUGCUUUGCUUUGGUUUCCUUCCAGGUUGGCUGAUGGAGCAAUAUAUAAAGCAAUUUACCAGUGAGACAGAAAAUUAUUUCAAAGGUCAACCAACAUUUUUUAAAAACAAAAGGGGCGCGGUGGGGGGGGGGAUGGACUAUAGAAUUGUCGUAUAUAUUUGUUUAUGUGUGCAAUGCUAAUAUAGUAACUCGGCUGUCCUUUGAAUAUCACUGUGUUGAGUGGAUUCCUCCAGGCCCUUUGAUUCCAUGAGUUGGGCCCAAACCACUGUGGAAUAGUGAAAAGAAGUUUAAUGCCACAAAUUCUAAUAGUGAGCACUUACUUGAAGGAUUUGAGUAGGUUUAGGAAGUGAAGAAGGCCAAUCACGAAAUUUAAAGAGUCAUUUUGGAAGCUCUACUCUAGCUAUUGAACAAUCAAAGGAACGCACCUAUCAGCUACAAAGAACAGCUAGACGGCUGUUUUUUAUUUUCUUUUAUAAAUGUUUCUGUGUUGUGUCAAAAUGAUUUCUGGUGAUUUAAACUAACAGAUAAUCACAGCUGCUGUCUAAAUCCAUAGUGUUAAAAUUACAAAGUGGAAAAAAAAAUACUUCAUUACCUGUGAAGACUGUGUCUGUGUUUUUAACUAUUUCUUGUACAAAUAUAUGAAAACUUUUAUGAGGAGACUGGUGCCAAGUAGCUGAAUAAUGGGGAAAGGGAUAUUCUGUUCGUAAAAAUCUUAGCAGUGUUACCAACUCUACAAUAUAUAUAUAAAAAAAAUUAAAACAUUACAAAGCGACAGCUAUGGUACAUUUGUUUUGUGUGAAGCUAACGGGACCUAACUUCCUGAGUGCCUGGCUCAUUUUGAAACAUUUUUUUUCAUUGACCAUUUAUAAUGCUGCAAAUCAGAAAUGUACAUACUUCAUUUACAACAGGGUUCUUUUUAUACUUUUGUAGAUUCUCAUACAUGUCACAUACAUGGUUGUCUUUAUGUAACUUAAUUUUUCAUCUGCAGGUGCCAUUUUCAUAAUAAACUUCUCUUGGAUUUGUUACUA